CAGAAAUUCUCCCCAAACGUUCGACCUCUUCCAAGUGAUCCAGGACAACGACAUUUGGGCGCAACACCAUCAACCAGGUUGCCCAGCAUGUCUCUCGUGUCGGGCGAAAAGUCGAACUUUCAGUUCAUCUUGCGUCUGCUGAACACCAACGUCGACGGCAAGCAAAAGGUUGUCUACGCCCUCACCAAGAUCAAGGGUGUCGGUCGCCGAUACUCCAACCUCGUCUGCAAGAAGGCCGAUGUCGACCUGAACAAGCGCGCCGGAGAGCUCACCUCCGAGGAGCUCGAGCGUAUCGUCACCAUCAUCCAGAACCCCACCCAGUACAAGAUUCCCUCCUGGUUCCUUAACCGACAGCGCGACAUUGUCGACGGCAAGGACUCGCAGGUUCUUGCCAACGGUGUCGACUCCAAGCUCCGUGAUGACCUCGAGCGCCUGAAGAAGAUCCGGGCCCACCGUGGUCUGCGACACUACUGGGGCCUCCGCGUCCGUGGCCAACACACCAAGACCACUGGUCGCCGUGGCCGGACCGUCGGUGUCUCCAAGAAGAAGGGUGGUUAAAGAAGAAGGCGGUUGUUGGCGUCUCGGAUGGUUGGACGGGAUACACACGGUUUUUUCUACACGGUUGCAUUGCUGCUACACCAUGGAUGGUAUCAGGCGUGUUAUGGCUUGCAUCGUCUUGUUUAUGAGAAGGGCGUCGCCGCCCGUACUGGGCCUGUCGACAGAAUGAAACCGGUAUCCCACCCAAACAAAAAGGAAUGGAAAUUGAAAGGCAUUUGCGUUAUGACAAGGACUGGGAGUGAUGACUUCAUAUUGUGACUUGCUUUACUGCAUCUGCGAAACUGAUCCAGCAUACCAAACCAGGAUGAUUUCCAUGGGCUGAAGGCCUCUCAGCUGGCUUGCGCGCACGCACUCCGACAUGAGCAUGGACUGUUGUGCUUAUGAGAGCCUCUAUUGACCAGCUCACUCGAUAUGAAUUCAGUCGUCCUCAGUGGUGACAGCUGUGUCUAAGACCUCCACCCGUCCCUGACCUUUUGUCUCGUUAGCUAUGAAGUCCGAAAGCCCCUUGUACGCGCCUGGCUCGACGAAAGCCACCACCUCCCACUCGGAGCCCACGACAUCCUGGUUCUCGAUCUGUUCCACGUAGCUCAGUAUCUUGUCCUUGACAGUGCCCGGCGCCUUCUUCUCGCCUUCCUCGUCGUCAUCGUCUGCCGCUCCUCCCUUGCCUCCCUUCUUGUCCUUGCCACCCUUCUCGGCGGCGGGUGCCUUCACAGCCUGCUUCAGCACGCCCGUCGAGCAGGUGAUCCUCAGCCUCAUCCUCGCCCUAGCGACCGGGAUUGGCUGCUUGGCGAUGAGGGCCUUGAUCGCCUCGAGGGCCUGACUCUUGGCGCUCUUGGUGGUCGUGACGCCCGUCCAUACGUGCUCUUUUGAUGAUGACGACGACGACGAAGAUGCGGCUUGUGCGGCUUGUGCGGCGGCGGCGGCAGCAGCCGCAGACACCGUGGGCUUCGACCCGUUUUCUGCCGCAGCCGGCGUGGCGCUGCCGCUGGCAGAGGCAGAAGCAGACUUGGAGUCCUUGUCGGCGGCGCCGUGUCCCCCCUGGGUCUGGUGGGCCUGCUGGCUCAGCAUGUCGAGCGCCUUCUCGAUCAUGCCCGUGGUGUAGACCCUCUUCGUCCGCGGGUCCACCAGUUUCGACGCGACUAUGCCCACGACCUCGUUGUGCACGCGCUCGAGCUGGGCGGCCCGCUCGCGCUCGCCGACCUGCAGCUCGCCCUUGUUGAGGAUCUCGAGCACUAUGGAGUCGGUGGUCAUGUUCUUGCCGAAGGCCUUGGCCAGGUCGGCGGAGGGGGCGGUCUGGCCCUUUGAGACGUUCAGAAAGACGUUUGGGAUCUGCAGGACGUUGUCGAGGUCCGUCUCGAUGCCCGAGCGCCACUCCAGGACCUUGUUUUUGUAGCAGGCGAUCUCGAAGCGCUUCUUGCCCUUCUUGAGGCGCACUAGGGAGACAUUUGUGAGCUUGAUCUGGUUCGACGGCUGGUUUAUUUGUCGAGACAUUGUGGCGGCUGUAAUGGUGGAGGAGGACGAGGACGAGGACGAGGACGAGGAAGAAGAAGGGGAGGAGUGGUGGACUGUUUGCGAGGUAGUCUGGUUGGUGCCCCGCGGUGGCUGGAAGGCCAAGUCUAGGUGAUGUUAUGUUGAGGCCUUUCUAUAGGAGGCCCCCGUUGUUGCUGACGGCAGGGUGAGGUGGACAAGGCGUGUGGGCGUGUUUGGUUGUUUAUUAAUUAUUAAAGUGGUGCCUAUGUCAUGGCGGGACAGCUGCACUUUUCCCGGUAUCGAUAAUAAUAAUUCGCAGGUGGGGUGGGAUGCUUGCCUGUGCUUGCCUGGCUCAUUCUGAUUCACCCCCGGCGAAUGACUAAUAAUAACUAACUGGUCGGGCUUCUGCGGCAUAGGACGGAGUACGGUACCAGCUGGGGCUGCUUCAACCCUGUCUCUCUCUCUCUCGCUCUCGCGCUCACCAGGGAUGGACUCAGACUGUAUGUCUGUUGUCAAGUUCAGAAUAGAUGUGUAUGUUAUGUGGAUGUUGUUUCAAAGUCAGAUCACAGGAAUUCGAGGAGACGGCGCUCUUGCAAACAUGUAAAUCGACCGGAUAUUAUUGGCUGCAUAACGGCCGCGUGGGUCGUCGUCA